AUGGACGAUGAUGUGGAUCUGUAUCAGUUAUAUCAAAUGCUCGAGCUGGCAGAGGAUGACGAAGAUGAAUUCCGGAGGGCCGGGAAGGCUUUGCAAUCAUUUGGGACACCACACCCAUUCCUUGUGAUGACACCCGGACCACUGUUGUUCCUCGAACUCAUCAUUGUUCGCCCGAUUCCGCAGGGGCUUUGGGCCUUAUCCUUCAUUGUCUCAAUUCCACCAUGCGCGAACCAAAUCCAAGAAGUGCGUUUGCCGCACGAGGAUUUGCGCGAAGUGCUAUACUAUGAUUGGAUGCUCGAGCUUCGUCGACACACUGAAGUUUUAGUGGUACGUGCGUUACAAGCAGCCAUCGAAGAUGGUGAUUCGCAUCUUGUUGUGGAUAUCGUUGAGACUGGAGAUGUAGUACCAGAGGUUUGCGACAUCGUCGCGGUGUUUGAAGGCGAUGUUUAA